AUGGCCCCCAAAAGCCGGUCCAAACGGCCAAGCCUCCUCUCCAAAGGCCGUCCUCCAACCGUCAAGCCCAAACAAGCAGCCCUCUCAUCCAAAGCAACCCGCAAUCUAAUCCGCUCCCACCAUCAACUUCUCAAAGCUCGCACUCAGGCCGAAAAGGCCGGCGAUGCUGCCAAAGUCAGUAGCAUUGACGCGCAAAUCCAAGCCAAUGGCGGCCUCGCCAGUUAUCAGAUCGCCAGCAAACUGGGACAGUCUAUGGACCGAGGCGGCGACUCCAGCAAAAUCCUGGUGGACUGGAUCAAGCCCGAAUUGGCACGAUGGACGCCCGAUCUGCCCAAACUGCGGGUGCUGGAAGUUGGUGCUUUGAGUACGAAGAACGCUUGCUCGCGGACGCCCGCCCUAGAGGUGACUCGAAUCGAUUUGAAUUCGCAGGAACCGGGGAUCUUGAAACAGGACUUCAUGGAGCGGCCAUUGCCGGCGUCUGAUAUGGAGCGGUUCCAUAUCCUAAGUCUCUCGCUGGUCUUGAACUAUGUGCCGGAUGCCACGGGACGGGGUGACAUGCUCAAGCGCUGCGUCGAAUUCCUCACAGCCCAAUGUUCGAUUACUUUUACGCCGACACUGUUCUUCGUCUUGCCGGUGGCAUGCGUGGACAACUCGCGCUACGUGACCGAGGAACGUUUACUUGAUAUCUUGUCCAGUUUGGGGUUCCGAUUGGUACAAAGCAAGCGCAGCAACAAGUUGAUCUAUCAACUAUGGCACUAUGUCGGCCAGUCAGCCCCGCGCAGUUUCAAAAAAGAGAUGCUCAAUCCUGGUGCCAAAAGAAACAACUUUGCCAUCGUUCUGCGUCAAGGGUGA